AUGGCAAACGAAUUCCUUUCAGAUCUUAAUAGUGUUCUUAAAAUAGAACCAAAUAAUGCCGACGCAUUGAAGAUGCGUGGAGCAACCUACGGAAUGUUGAAUAAAUAUAACGAAUCGCUUUCCGACCUCAAUAGAUUACUAGAAAUGGAAAAAAAUAAUGCCGAAGUAUUAAGUAUUCGUGGAGAAAUUUACAGAAAGAUGAGUAAAUAUAACGAAUCACUUUCAGAUCUCAAUAAAUCACUAGAAAUAGAACCAAAUAAUGUCAACACAUUGAUGAGUCGUGGAGUAACCUACUUAAUGUUGAAUGAAUAUAACGAAUCUCUCUCAGAUUUCAAUAAAUCGCUAGAGAUAGAACCAACUAAUGCCAAAGCAUUGAGGAUCCGUGGAGAAAUUCACCGAAUAUUGAAUAUGUAUAACGAAGCACUUUCAGAUCUCAGUAAAUCAUUAAAAAUAGAACCAAAUAAUGCCGAGGCAUUGAGGAAUCGUGGAGAAAUUUACCGAAUAUUGAAUAUGUAUAAUGAAGCACUUUCAGAUCUCAGUAAAUCAUUAAAAAUAGAACCAAAUAAUGCCGAAGCAUUGAGGAAUCGUGGACUAAUAUACGGAGUGUUGAAAAAAUACAAAGAAUCCCUUUCGGAUCUCAAUAAAUCGCUAGAAAUUGAACCAAAUAAUGCUGACGCAUUAAAGACUCGUGGAAAAGCUUACAAUAUGUUGAAUAAAUUAAACGAAUCACUCUCAGAUCUCAACAAAUCACUAGAAAUUAAACCAACUGAUGCUGACGCACUAAGGUUUCGUGGAGCAACAUACGGAAUGUUAAAAAAAUAUGAAGAAUCGCUUUCAGAUCUAAGUAGAUCCCUAGAAAUAGAACCAAAUAAUGCUUUUGCAUUGAGGAUUCGUGGGGAAAUUUACACGAAGUUAAAUAAAUGUAACGAAUCACUUUCAGAUCUCAAUAGAUCACUUGAAUUAGAACCAAAUGAUGUCGAAGCAUUGUUUUGUCGUGGAGUAACCUACGCAAUAUUGAAUAAAAAUGACGAAUCACUUUCAGAUCUCAAUAAAUUAUUAGAAAUAGAACCAAAUAAUGUCAAAGCAUUGGGUUUUCGUGAAACAACUUACAGAAUGAUGGGUAAAUAUAAUGAAUCACUCUCAGAUCUCAAUAAAUUACUAGAAAUGGAACCAAGUAAUGCCGAAGCAUUGAGAAAUCGUGGAAAAGCUUACAAUAUGUUGAAUAAAUACAAUGAAUCACUUUCAGAUCUUAAUAGAUCGCUAGAAAUAGAACCGGAUAAUGCUAAAGCAUUGGGGAUUCGUGGAGGAAUUUACCUAACGUUUAAUAAAUAUAACGAAUCUCUUUCGGACCUCAAUAAAUUACUAGAAAUAGAACCAAAUAAUGUCAAUGCAUUGGGAAUUCGUGGAGCAUUCUACAUGAAGUUAAAUAAACAUAACGAAUCCCUUUCAGACCUCAAUAGAUUACUGGAAAUAGAACCAAAUAAUGCUGACGCAUUGAGGAUUCGUGGAGAAAUUUACAGAAUGUUAAAUAAGUAUAACGAAUCACUUUCAGAUCUAAAUAAAUUACUCAAAAUAGAACCAAAUAAUGUCGAAGCAUUAAGGACUCGUGGAGAAAUUUACAUUAUGUUGAAUAAAUAUAAAGAAUCGCUUUCAGAUCUAAAUAAAUUACUAGAAAUAGAACCAAAUAACGCUGACGCAUUGAGAAUUCGCGGAACAACCUACGGAAUGUUGAAUAAACAUAAAGAAUCACUUUCAGAUCUCAAUAGAUCAUUAGAAAUAAAACCAAAUGAUGCUGACGCAUUGAGAAUUCGUGGAAAAACUUAUAGAAUGUUGGAUAAAUAUAAUAAAUCACUUUCAGACCUUAAUAAAUCAUUAGAAAUAGAACCAAAUAAUGCUUUUGCAUUAAGGGUUCGUGGAGAAACUCACAGGAUGUUGAAUAAAUAUAAAGAAUCACUUUCAGAUCUAAAUAGAUCCCUGAAAAUAGAACCAAAUAAUGCCGACGCACUGUGGAGUCGUGGGUUAAUAUUCAUAAUGUUGGAUAAAUAUAACGAAUCACUUUCAGAUCUCAAUCAAUUACUAAAAAUAGAACCAAAUAAUGCUGACGCAUUGAGGAUCCGUGGAGAAAUUUACAUUAUGUUGAAUAAGUAUAACGAAUCACUUUCAGAUCUAAAUAAAUUACUCAAAAUAGAACCAGAUAAUGUCAAGGCAUUAAGUACUCGUGGAGAAAUUUACAUGAUGUUGAAUAAAUAUAAAGAAUCGAUUUUAGAUCUAAAUAAAUUACUAGAAAUAGAACCAAAUAAUGCUGACGCAUUGAGAAUUCGCGGAACAACCUACGGAAUGUUGAAUGAACAUAAAGAAUCACUUUCAGAUCUCAAUAAAUCACUAAAAAUAAAUCCGAAAAAUGCCGACACAUUGAGAAUUCGUGGGAACAUUUACAUAAUGUUAAAUAAAUAUAAGGAAUCACUUUCAGAUCUAAAUAAAUCACUAGAAAUAGAACCAAACAAUGCCGAAACAUUGAAGAUUCGUGGAGAAGCUUACAGAGGAUUAAACAAAUACAAUGAAUCACUUUCGGAUCUUGAUAGAUCACUAGAAAUAGAACCAAACAAUGCCGAAACAUUAAUGAUUCGUGGAACAACCUACAGAAUGUUGAAUAAAUAUAACGAAUCACUUUCAGAUCUCAAUAAGUCACUAAAAAUAAACCCGAAAAAUGCCGACACAUUGAGAAUUCGUGGGAGCAUUUACAUAAUGUUAAAUAAAUAUAAGGAAUCACUUUCGGAUCUAAAUAAAUCACUAGAAAUUGAACCAAAUAAUGCCGAAACAUUGAAGAUUCGUGGAGAAGCUUACAGAAGAUUAAAUAAAUACAAUGAAUCACUUUCAGAUCUUAAUAGAUCACUAGAAAUAGAACCAAACAAUGCCGAAACAUUGAUGAUUCGUGGAACAACCUACAGAAUGUUGAAUAAAUAUAAUGAAUCACUUUCAGAUCUCAAUAAAUCACUAGAAAUAAAACCAAAUAAUGCUGAAGCAUUGAGGAUUCAUGAAGAAACUAACAGAAUGUUGAAUAGAUACAACGAAUCACCUUCGAAUUCCGAUAUACCUUCAGAAAUAGAACCAAAUAAUGCCGACGCAUUGGGGAAAUUUGCAGAAAGUUGA